AUGGGAACAGAAGCUGAUGGAGAGGACUGUGGAGGACCAGAACCAGACAGGAACUCACAUCCAGCUACACAUUUACAACCAGAGACUGAGGACAAGACUGGAGACUCUUCUGAACCUGAGACUGAGGACAGUGAUGAUUGGAGGGAGACCAGAGAACCUCAGUCAGGUUUAAACUCUCUGAAAAAUGAUCAAGUCAGUGAGAAACCGUUCAGCUGCUCCGAGUGUGGGAAAAGAUUUGGCUUCAAGACAUGUCUGAAGAGACACAUGAGAACUCAUACAGGAGAGAGACCCUUUAGUUGCUCUGUUUGUGCUCAAAGAUUUUUGCAAACAACACAUCUGAAGAGACACAUGACAAUUCAUACGGGAGAGAAACAAUUUAAAUGCUCACUGUGUGGUAAAGCUUUCAGUGAAAAUGGAAACCUGAAGCAACACAUGAGAACUCACACAGGAGAGAAACUGUUCAACUGCUCAUUGUGUGAUAAAGCUUUUCGUGAAAGGGGAAAGCUGAAGAGCCACAUUAAAACUCAUACUGGAGAGAAACCUUUCAGCUGCUCAGUUUGUAAAAAAUCUUUUGCAAGGGGUGGAAGUUUAAACAUACACAUGAUAAUCCACACACGAGAUAAUGGCUUUAGCUGCAGUGCUUGUAACCAAAGAUUCACUUCACAUACAUUUCUUGGAAACCAUAAAUGUGUCGGUGGUCAGUCCUCACAGCUUCAUCAGACUCAAACUGAGGAGAACAGAGAGGCAGAGCCU